AUGCCUCUCAUCAACGGCCAGAAGAUGGCCUGCGAGCCUUGCAUUCGCGGCCAUCGCUCGACAAAGUGCACCCACGCCAGCGAGCGGCUGAUGGUGCCCGUUCGCAAGCCCGGUCGCCCGCUCAGCUCCUGCCCGCACCCUUCGUCGCGCACAUGCUCGUGCGCCGCCGUCACCGCCGCCAUUCCGAGGAAGCAGAAAUGCCACUGCGGCACUUCGCAACCAGCGCCCUCCGACGACACGGCAAGCGCCUCGUCGAGCGCCGACGUGUCCCCGCCGAGCCCCCCUAAGACCACCUUUCGAGUCCAGAAGCAGUCCUCCAAAAGCGCCCCGAGCAGGAAGCAGUCGGUCGACCUCGCUGGCUUGGGGAGGAUGGACGCCAGCCAGCUCAACAUCCUGCCGGCCUAUAAUGGCUCCGUGUCUAAUGGCGCUCACAUGCCACCCAUGGCCGACAUGUCGCUCUACGGCCUGGGACUCACGCCCGUUGACAGCUCCUUCAGUCCCGAGUCCACCAUGUUUCCCAUCUUCCCAUAUCCCAUGCAGUCGCCCAUGAUGACCCCAAGCUCGGCCAAGCCCAUGGCCAACGGACACGCCAAGUCUUCCACAAACGGUUCGAUAUCGGGGAGAACGCCGUCGACACCUGGCGGCUGUUGUGGCGGCGGCGCAAACGGCGCCCAGGCCAAGGCCUCCUGCUGCUCCGCCAAGACAGAUCCCCACGAGCACAGGCCGCUGGCCGACUCUUUGCCGGGCCCCGGAAUCGUCCAACAGCCCAACGGUGUCAUGAUGUCGCCCUUCCAAGCUCCCAUGGCCAUGCCCAACGGCAUGUACCCCUACUUUUCCCAGCCGACAAUCUUCAACUAUCCGCCGCAGUUUGGCUCCUUCCUGCAACCUCUCCAGCCGGAACAGUGGAAGCAGUUCAUGGCCACAAUGAGCUUUGCGCAACCCGUGCCUCCCACCGCCUUCGGAAUGGCGGGGCCGGGGCCGUAUCGUGCAUCGAGCGCGGCCAAUCUCCCCGGGACGCCGGGCGGCACGUCUUGGACGUCUCACCAGUGCAGCUGCGGGGAUUCUUGUCAGUGCGUUGGCUGCGCAGCCCAUCCCUACAACGAGGCGACGCAAAACUACGUGCGUUCGGCGUGGAGCACCGUGACGGAGGAUGGACAGAAGACACGGGCGGAAGCCAACGGCGCGGCGAUCCAUGUCAAUGGUCACGUCAACAGCAAUCACGAACAGCAGACUACAAAUGAGGCGACGACACCGACGCCAUCCGACGGGACGUCCGGCAUCAGCGAGGAGCAGACGCUGUCGGCAAACGACUUCUUCUUCGUCAGCUACCCGUUUGGCGAGUCGUGCGCGGGAGACACGGCGAGCUGUCCGUGCGGCGACGACUGCCAGUGCAUCGGUUGCGUGAUUCACAACAAUCCCGGUCCGGACGAGACGCCGGGGGUCUCGACGCCUCUCUGA